UUGCUUACAGAAAACUAUUAGCGUGCAAUACAGGCAAUUCUAAGAGACUAACACAAGCCAAAAGAUAUAUAUAUAUACACAUAUGCGUGUGUGUAUAUAUAUAAGAUAUAAAGAGGUAGAAAAGAACCAAGGAAAGCAAGCAGAAAUAUAUUUGCAGGCAAGGAGAGGAGAGGCAGGGCGCAUUAUUUACUGUCACGAAAAAGCGAAACCCACACUUCAACAUUCUUUCUUUUUCAUUAUCAAUCAAACAAAAAGGACAAAAAAAGAGAGACCCAUUCCGUUUUUACAUUCAUCUUCAGUUGAGUUCGUUCAGCAAGGUGACCCUCGUUAAAUUGAGACUUUUGCACUGAUUUGUAAUGUUUAUUUGAGGAUUUGUUCAUAUUGGUUCAAUAUGGGUUCCAUGUCUGGAGUCAUUCAACGUCCUUUAAUGGCAGCUGCUGCUGUUGCAAUGGCGUCUAUUUCUGUUGAUUUUCCUGCUAAACUCCCAUCUCCUACAUCGGAUACUGAAACUUCCAUUUCCAAUUCCUUACCAGAGUCCAAUUCAUCAUUGGUUGCUCUUAUAUCAGCUUCCAAGCUUGCCAACUUGUCCUUUGUUACUAGGAUUCGAGUACCGUUACCUAGUUUUAACUUUCCGGUUCCUAAUUCAGGCCGGAAUUUCGUUCCGAACUUGCUGUGUUCUUCUAUUGCUUCGUCUCCUCUGUUGGUUAAUUUAUAUCAGUCAGCUGAGUUAGCUAAAGGAUCUAAGCCAGCUGCAUUUCCAGAGAGUGUUCCUGCCACAGUGCCUGAUGCUUUGUACAGAUGGCAUUUGCCUGAGCCGACUGCGUUCAAUAUUUCUGGGACUUCAGAUUGUUCAUCGGUGAAGUCUCGUACGGUUGUUGUGUUGUUAGGAUGGUUAGGAUCCAAGCAGAAACAUCUCAAGAGAUAUGCAGAGUGGUAUACUUCAAGGGGAUACCAUGUCAUUACUUUCACACUUCCGAUGGUUGACAUUCUCAGUUACCAAGCCGGUGGGAAAGCCGAGCAAAACGUAGACAUGCUUGUGAAUCACUUGGCUGAUUGGUUAGAAGAGCAGCAUGGAAAAAGCCUGGUUUUCCACACUUUUAGCAAUACUGGAUGGUUAAUGUACGGAGCUAUUCUUGAGAAGUUUCAGAAAGAAGAUCCUUCUUUAACGGAAAGGAUCAAAGGUUGCAUUGUGGAUUCAGCCCCUGUUGCAGCCCCUGACCCUCAGGUCUGGGCUUCGGGUUUCUCUGCCGCUUUUCUGAAGAAACGUAGUUUUGCAACAAAAGGAUCUGCGAACUCAAGUGAAUCGGAUAUGGAGGCAUCAACUGGCAAAAGUGAAGCCUCAAAACCCAAGCCUGCAGUAACUGAAGCUGCUAUGCUACUAGUCCUGGAGAAGUUCUUUGAGGUGGUUUUGAAUCUUCCUAGUAUUAACAGGAGGCUUUCUGAUGUGAUGAGUUUGCUGUCAUACAAACAACCUACCUGUCCACAGUUAUAUAUUUACAGCUCUGCAGAUGGAGUCAUCCCUGCGCAUUCCGUGGAAUCCUUCAUAGAGAAGCAAAAGAGAUUGGGGCGCGAAGUUCGGGCGUGCAACUUCGUCUCCACACCACAUGUUGAUCAUUUUAGGAAUGACCCAAAUCUGUAUACGAGUCAGCUCAGCCAGUUUUUGGAGGACUGUGUGCAUACUUGUUGCGGACAUACUUAAGUACAUUGAAGCACUGCCAUAACCAAAUUCUUUUAUUUUAUAUUUUUAAAAGGAAAAUCCUAUAGUUUAUAUACUCACAAAGCCAGUACUCGAAUAGAGAUCGGUGAACUGCUAACAUUCAACAUGUUUGAAGUUUAAAAUCUCGAGUUCUGUAAUCUCAAACUUGUAUUUACAUAUGACAAAUUCAUUCUUAAAGUUAUAAAGAACAUAGUUUUCUUC